GCAGGCGCGUCGCGCAGCGGCUCCGGGGGCUUGUGACCCUUCCGGCAGCUACGGCCAAUCGGCGCGCGGCCGACAGAGAGAGCAGAGAGUCCGGGGGCCUCCGCGGCAGAGGCGUGGAGGGCCGUGAGCGGCUGAGGCCGCGAUCAUAGACAUGGCUCAGAAUACAGACAGCGGGAACCCCUUCGCUGAGCCUAGCGAGCUUGACAACCCCUUUCAGGACCCAGCUGUGAUCCAGCACCGACCCAGCCCGCAGUAUGCCACCCUGGACGUCUACAACCCUUUUGAGGCCCGGGAGCCAUCACCAGCCUAUGAGCCUCCUGCCCCUGCCCCAUUGCCUGCACCUUCAGCUCCCUCCAUACAGCCCUCAAGAAAACUCAGUCCCACAGAACCCAAGAACUAUGGUUCCUACAGUACUCAGGCCUCAGCUGUAACAGCCACAGCGGAGCUGCUAAAGAAACAGGAGGAGCUCAACCGGAAAGCAGAGGAGUUGGAUCGUAGAGAGCGAGAACUACAGCAUGCCGCCCUGGGGGGCACUGCUUCUCGACAGAACAAUUGGCCCCCUCUACCUUCUUUUUGCCCAGUUCAGCCCUGCUUUUUCCAGGACAUCUCCAUGGAGAUUCCCCAAGAAUUUCAGAAGACUGUAUCCACCAUGUACUACCUCUGGAUGUGCAGCACUCUGGCUCUUCUCCUGAACUUCCUUGCCUGCCUGGCCAGCUUCUGUGUGGAUCCCAGCAACGGUUCCGGCUUUGGGCUUUCUCUCCUAUGGGUCCUGCUUUUCACUCCCUGCUCCUUUGUCUGCUGGUACCGCCCCAUGUAUAAGGCUUUCCGGAGUGACAGUUCAUUCAAUUUCUUCGUUUUCUUCUUCAUUUUCUUUGUCCAGGAUGUACUCUUUGUUCUCCAGGCCAUUGGUAUCCCAGGUUGGGGGUUCAGUGGCUGGAUAUCUGCUCUGGUGGUGCUGAAGGCCAGCCCGGGUGUGGCUGUCCUCAUGCUACUGGUUGCCCUCUUCUUCACUGGCAUCGCUGUGCUGGGGAUUGUGAUGCUAAAGCGGAUCCACUCCUUAUACCGCCGCACAGGUGCCAGCUUCCAGAAGGCCCAGCAGGAAUUUGCUGCUGGCGUCUUCUCCAACCCUGCAGUGCGAACCGCAGCUGCUAAUGCAGCUGCUGGGGCUGCCCAGAAUGCCUUCCGGGGCCCGUGAACCCUGACAGGGGUACCUUAGCCCCUCCACUUGGGGAGCUCACUUAGUUCCCAUCCCUGAGGUCUCUGGAGACAUCACCAUUUGAUGGCCUCUCUAGUGCCCCUUACCCCAUGGCCAUGGCUGCUGAACCUGACUUAGGGACUUUGGGAUCCACUGUGACCCAGUCACUGCUCACUCUUCCCCUGCACCAGGCCACACCACUGCCACUUCUCACACACCCCAACCUAGCUUCCCUCUGCUGUGCCAAGGCUGUUGCUUCGGUUAUUUAAAUAAAAAAGAAAGUGGAACUGGAACUUACA